CAGAUCGCAAUGCCCCCUUCGGCGCUGACCACGACCUUCAUACAAUCGACCUUCCUGAAUGCGAUUGCCAAUCUCCUCGCCCAGGUUAUAGAUCAGUACCACCGCGGUAAACCCUUCCACCUCAACCCCACCGCCCUCCUCCAAUUCCUCAUCUACGGCCUCCUCAGCGUUCUCCCCAACUUCCUGUGGCAACGGCGCCUCGAAUCCCGCUUCCCGGGGUUCCCCGCCUGGCGGCGGUGGGGGUGGUCGUCGUCGCUCACGGCGACCCCAACCACCACGACCCCCAGCAGCACGCUGCGGCGUGAUGGCAAGCCCAGUCCAGCACCACCACCCAAAGGGGAGGUAUGCAUCAGCAUUGGCAUCCCCCCUGAGGAUAUCCAGGGUAAGGACCGAGAAAAGAAGAAGAAGAAGAAGGAUGCGGGGAGAUGGAGAUCCUACCCGCAGGGGGGUACGACCAACAACAGCAGCAACAGCAACCCCGGGGUCCGGAACUUCCUCGCCAAGUUCCUGCUGGAUCAGACGGUGGGGUCGGUGAUGAAUAUCGUGUUGUUUGUGGUGUUGAUCAAUCUGCUGAAGGGGGUGGGUUUGUCCGGGUGUUGGGGGUUGCUGCGGGAGGACUUCCGGCCGAUCAUGAUGGCGCGGCUCAAGUACCGCCCGCUGGUCUCGGUGCUCAUGUACACGGUCAUUCCGGUCGAUCGGCGCGUAGUGUUUGGGAGUGCCUGUGGGGUGAUCUGGGGCGUGUAUUUGAGUUUGUAUGCGGUGGUUUAAUUCAGCCCUAGCUCAUUGGCUUGUUGGAUAGUGCUCGUCUGUUAUUCCUAUGUGAUGUGCUUGGGGCUAUUCGGCCAGGAUAGAUGCUUUGAGUCGUCACAACCAUAGACUAACUAAUAAUGCUUCGCGUUCAUCUGAUCAUAUUAGCAUAUUAC